GAGAAUGCCCACUAAUUGUCCACCUUAGUGAAUGUAAAAUUAAGUCAUCCCUACAAGAGACCUCUCCCUCGCUCCCUUCACACUCCUCUUCUCUCCCUUGUUUUCAAUUACUACAGAAGUGCUUCCACUUUCUACAACUCUUUGCAUUUACCCAUACCCUCCUCCUCGUGUUCACACUCCCAAUCCCUUAUUAACCGUGCACGAGAAAUGGAUAGAUAAUUAACAUGCUCUUAAUUGUGCAUUAAUACGUUCAUUACAAAUCCACAUGUUUGCACAAUUAAGAAAAUUGCAAAAUUCAGCAGGAGCUUCCUCACAUCAUAUGGAAAUGGCGGAUUUCAAUUUUCAUUCCCUUUAAGAAUCUAUGCAAUAGUACAAACUUGACAUGGAUGACAAACAUUGUCACUGGAGCCAAUGGCAACUGCUCGAUUCUAUCCUUCCAACUGGUGGCUUCGCUCAUUCAUUCGGCCUUGAGGCUGCAAUACAAGCUCAAAUCGUCUCAAGUCCAGAUGAUCUCAAAACUUUUGUGAUCCAUUUAUUGGACAACACUGGAAGUUUGUUUCUUCCCUUUGUUCAUUCAGCCACACAAUCGCCUGAUUUUGAAACCUGGAAGAAAAACGACAUGUUAUUGGAUGCAAUGUUAACUAAUGAAGUUAGUCGAAAGGCGUCUGUUACGCAAGGGUCAGCACUCAUGAGAGUUUCAGCAAUAGUAUUUUCCGAAAUCCCAUCUCUGAAAGCAAUGAGGGAGAACUUGUAUGGGACUGGGGCUGUUUCAUUCCACCAUGCUCCCAUCUUUGGGCUAAUCUGCGGUCUACUUGGAUGGGAUGGCACAAUGUCACAAAGAGCAUAUCUGUUUAUUACCUUGAGAGAUGUUAUUUCUGCUGCAACAAGAUUGAAUUUAGUAGGACCUUUGGGUGCAGCUGUGUUGCAACAUCAGCUUGCAUUUGUUGCUGAAGACAUAUUGAAGAGAUGGAUGAACCGUCCUGUUGAAGAAGCUUGCCAAACGGUUCCUUUGUUAGAGACAGUACAGGGAUGCCAUUCGUGCCUCUUUUCUAAAAUGUUUUGUUCUUGAAAUUUUUUUGAAGUGAAACUGCAUCUUUCUUUUGAUUUUGGGUAUAGGAGUCCCCUUCUUUCAUGUUCUCUGCUUGAAAAUAGAUGUGGAUAUGAGAUAAUAGUGGCAAUGUCGAAAUUCACCUACUCACAUAUAUGCAUUUCAUUUUGUAUGGCACUCCAUGCUUUUGUUCCAUUGAAGACUUUGUUUGUCUUUGGCCAUGAUUCAAUAUCAAGUGAAUGUAAAUAGACUUUUUAAGUACUUUGAACUCUUGAUUA